CCUCUGCCUUUGCUUUCAGGUGAACAUGCCCCCGUCCAACCUGAGCAGCCUGACACCGGACACUUUCAUCCUGACGGGGAUCCCAGGCAUGGAGCAGCUGCACGUCUGGAUCUCCAUCCCGUUCUGCUCCAUGUACCUGGCAGCGCUGCUGGGGAACGGCGUGCUGCUGUUCACCAUCGGGACGGAGCGCAGCCUCCACCAGCCCAUGUUCCUCUUCCUGUCCAUGCUGGCCGUGGCCGACCUCGCGCUCUCCACCACGGCCGUGCCCAGGAUGCUGGCUCUGUUCUGGUUCCAGGCCAGGGAGAUUUCCUUCGGUGCCUGCCUGACCCAGAUGUUCUUCCUGCACUUCACCUGCAUGACGGAGUCGGUGAUCCUGUUGGCCAUGGCCUUCGACCGCUUUGUCGCCAUCUGCUUCCCGCUGCGGUACGGGGCGGUGCUGACGCCGUCAGCCGUGGCCAAGACGGGGCUGGCAGCUCUGCUGAGGAAUUUCUGCAUCAUCUUCCCCUGCAUUUUCCUGCUGAGGCGGCUGCCGUUCUGCGGGCACAACGUCAUCCCGCACACCUACUGUGAGCACAUCGGCAUCGCGCGCCUGGCCUGCGCCGACAUCUCGGCCAACGUCUGGUACGGGCUCGUGGUGCCUUUCACCGUGGGCGUGCUGGAUCUGAUCCUCAUCGCCGUCUCCUACGGCUUCAUCCUCCUGGCGCUGUCCAGGCUCCCGUCCAGGGCUGCCCGCCACAAGGCUUUGCACACCUGCGGCUCCCACCUCUGCGUGCUGCUCCUGUUCUACGUCCCUGCCGCCUUCGCCGCUCUGACGCAGCGCUUCGGCCAGAGCAUCCCCCCGCAGCUGCACAUCCUGCUGGCCAACCUGUACGUGCUGUUCCCUCCGCUGCUGAACCCCAUUGUGUACGGGGUGAGGACGCAGCAGAUCAGGGACAAGGUUGUGAAGGUGUUCAGCCUGCCCAGAGCGCGAGACUGAAGGUGAUGGGUGCCCAAAGGCGACUCCAAGCUCCCGCCCCAAGUGCUCUUCUGGCUCUUCCAGGCAACGGCCCAAGGCUGCUGCCCCUGUCAAAUCCAGAACACCCGACGUCCUCACAGCCCCAGCUCUGUGCAAAGUGCGAGAUAAAGGCAGGAAUCGGCAUCUCUGAGUGGCAGUGGAAGGAGAGGGAUCCAAGAAACGAGAACCUACCCCAGGUGCGUCACCUUUGGGCAAUCCCAGAGCCCCGGGCUCAUGGAGCAGCUGGGGUGGAAAGGGACCUCCAGAGAUCAGCUCACCUGAGCCUCCUGCUCAAGCCUCCUCCUCCAGACAGGUUGCACAGGAUCACAGCCAGGUGGGUUUUGACCAUCUCCAGAGAAAGAGGCUCCACAGCCUCCCUGGGCAGCUGUUCCAGUGCUCAGCCACCCACACAGAAAAGAAGUUUUCCUCACACUCAGCUGGAAUUCCCAGGUAAACUCCUGACAAGGAGGAGGUAGGUGGAAUUCCACUGUGGUGUGGCAAUAAAUCUGGACUCAGGUGGAAAGGCAUAAAAUGAAUGUGUUCUUCUGAAUGACACAUGUAUAAUGAAAUUCAUCUUAGUGAUUUAUUCUUCAUUAAAAUUCAUAUUAUUGGAAAAAUCUCCAAAAGGAAUAAUAGAGAAAUAAAACCGUGUUGCACUUCAGCAUUCAUGGGAUGUCUUUAUUCCUAAACUGUAUCAUUUGACCUUACUUUGAGUAAACAUGUCAGUGAAAAAAACAUUCUUAAAAGAAUCACAGAAUGGCAUUGAAGCAAAUUGUUAUUAUCAAAUCCUAAACACACUUUUGUUCCAGAGUAGCUGCUUUCCUGGAGCUUCAAAAUCUCUUGGGCAUCAGUUUGGAACAGCAACUGGAGGCAUGAGAGCAACAUCCCCCAGCACAGAGCUCAGCGCUGGGCAGGGCUGCCAGGCAGGAGCCGUGUGAGCCAGCUCGUUCCUCUCCCUAAAAACAGCCCCAGAAACAUCUAAUUCCAUCC